UCUCCCAGACCCAGAACGACUGUGCUCCACUGUACUGCUGUUUGUCUAUCCACUGAGGGCAAAGUAAAUAAGCAACCUACCAGCUCCAGCUGAAAGUUAUUCAACAGACUUAUAUUUUAAAAUCUGGCUGUUCACAGCCUCUGAAUCAAGAUAUUGCUACAGUCAGAAUGGACGCAUUGUCUGUUCCGAAGAAGAGAGGGAGGGGUUGGUACCUCUUGCUUAUGGCACCGAAUACAAAGGGAAAUAAGUUUGCCUGGCUGGACCCAUCUAGACUUUACUGCAAUCACCAGGCUUUGUCAGACUGUGUGAAGGAUCUUAUCCAGCCAUUCCAGAAUGAAUCCAUUGACCUGGUGGCUGGCAUUGAUGCCAUGGGAUUCAUCCUGGGAUCAGCUGUGGCCACUACUCUGUGUAAGGGCUUCUUGGCCAUCCGUAAAGCGGGACACCUGUGUGUGCAGACAGAGUGCCAGCCGUACAGUGACUACUCCGGCAAGGACAAGCUCAUGGAGGUGCGGAAGGAUGUGCUAAGACCAGGACUGCGUGUGCUCCUGGUAGACCAGUGGAUAGAAACAGGAGGCACCAUGCGGGCGGCCAUUUCCCUGGUGGAGAAGCUGGGAGCCACUGUCGUAGGUGUAGCAGCAGUUGCCAUUGAGAACAGCGAGGGGGGGCGGUGGCUCAAAGAUAACUACAGGUGCUCUCACUGCAUCCCAGAGAACCUGCAGGCUCAGAUAGACCGCCAGGACCUGGACUCCUUCUACAGCUUGGCCAGCCUGACUCAGUCAACUCAGGCCUCUCACACAAGCAUGCAGGGUAACUUGGAGAAGGCAGACACCUCCUCCAGGGAGGUCCCUUUGAGGGAAUGAACCUGUGUGUAUCAGAAUAAAGCGGGCCUUUCCUAGCCUGUGCAGCAAAGAGAUGCUGGAAAAGCCAAAUUGGCACUACAACACAGAAAAGACAUUCAACCUCACAUUCUGGAAAUCUGAUGUUACUCCAUAAACUGGGGACUGUUCAGAAAGAAUGCUAUGAAAUACUCUUUAUUGAAUUUGAGGCUUAUACAGUCCAAACAGAUACUUGCCCUGACUACAGUUGUUGAAUUCAUUGCAUAGAGGUCAAAACUUGAAUGAUUAUUUUUAACAGGUAAAUUCCAUUUUUUUUAAAACACAAUAUAAAAUUUGUAAUUUGUACCUUGUAUCAAAACCUAACAUGUAAGGCCAUCACACUAACUUUUUCAAAAUGUACGUGUUUAAUUGGUCACAAAGUGAGGUCCCACUUGAACAUGUUGUUUUAUAUUUUUUUUUUUAAAACAAGGCCUUGGUAUUACAAUGUAUUUGAGAAUCUCAUGGUCCAGGAAGUAGAGUAUUCUCAAAGGCAGUCAUUAACUCAUUAACUACAUGAAUGGGACCUAAAAGCACAAAAAAUUAACUGAAAUCCAAAGGAGAAAUGCACAAAAAAUACUUGGCUAUCAAGCAGCAUGUCUGCAACAGUAAGAUGAUUGUCCCGUUAAUACAUGACGCAUUACAAUAAAAUCUAUCAUACCAUUAAAAAAUGUAA